CCCAGUGUCGGGUGGAGUCUACAUCCUGUCGCAUCUCUGCGGGGGCAAAGCAGCAGAGCACGGACUUUCUUUUUAUAUAUAUAUAUACACAUCAGUUUCUUCAUUGACUCUUUGUCACCACCUCAAGACUUAAAACACUCCGUAAAGAUGACGACGACCACCACUUUUCAAGGAAUGAGCCCUGGUUCUAAGAGCAGUUCCAGGGUACUACGACCGCCAGGCGGAGACUCCAACUUCUCCCUCGGCAUGGACGACGACUCGACCCCCCAGCGCAAGAGCAAGAUGGCCUCCAGCAUUUUUGCAGAACCCGAGGACCCCCAUGCUCACCGGAGGAACAAUCCACCCAGCGGGGCACCCACAGGGACCCUGUGCGGAGAGCCCUCGGCCCCACUUAGGCGUUGCCAGCAGCCUCUUCUCUUCCCCAAGAACCCUCAACCGGAACUGACCACCAUCCACAACUCUGGGGCAGCAUUGGUUUGGACCCAGAGACAAGAGGUUGAAAACGGCGAAGAACAAGCAAACAAUGAAUGUCCUGACGAUGCGGAGCAACAAGCGCAGGAGCAGCAGCCACAGCAGCAGAAGGAGAUGCCACAGCCCUCUGACCCAUCGGAAGGUGCCAACCCUGCCACAGGCGGCCGAAGAAACCCACCUGGUGGCAAGUCCAGCCUCAUCCUGGGUUGAGACCACUUCUUUGUUUGUUUUUUGUUUUUUGUUUUUUUUCAUUUGAACGCUUUUUUUUUUAUUUUUUAAAGAUAAAUACCCCCACCACUCUCUUCCUCCUCAUCAACCUUGUCACCUUCUCCCCUCCUUCACAUGCACUCACGCUGUCACGUCCAUGUCCUCUCCCUCCACCCUCAAACCUUUCGUUUUGAUCCUUUUUUCUAUUAAAAGAAGAAAACUGUUGACAAAAGCACUUUAUGUAUCUCUCCCCUGCCCACCCCACGACCAUUUCAGCCCAUCCUGUAGUGCAUCGCGCCUGCUGGGAAAGGCAUGACGUUUAGCUUGUCCCUCAUUCUUCCCUGUUGUAAAUGGUAAAGGAAAAAAUAAUGAAAAAGAUUUGAUGCGUGGAUUUCUAAAUACAAUAAAGAUUGAUAUGAA